UUUUUUAAUUACAAAUAUAAAGUAUAAAUAAAAAUUGUUUCAAUCCGCCUCUGAUUUAUGGUUUGUUGUAUAACGGUACCCAGGAAAAGAUCGACCCGUAUAUAAACCGCCGAUGGACUUCUUCAGCAGAGAACAACUCUACCCAACCAAAUCGCAACAACGCAAGAUGAGUACUCUAAGUCUGUUCGUGUCUUUAACAGUUUGUGUCAUCGUUAAUGCCCAAAUUCCGGGAUUGGGCUUCUGCCCGGAUUACACCCCGAUGGAUAAUUUCGAUAUGAAUCGUUUCUUAGGGAAAUGGUACGAAGCAGAACGUUACUUCACCUUUACAGACGUUGCAUCAAGAUGUGUCGUUACCGAUUAUGCCCAAACAGCAACUGGACGAAUUUAUGUAUCCAGCGAAUACACAAAUCGAUUAACCGGAGUUAAACGAGUCAUUAACGGAAACGUCCAACAAACCGGAAGAGAAGGACAAGGAAGAAUCCAAGUUAAAUACCAACAACCAAUAACAACAGAAACCAAUUUAGUCGUUUUGGACACCGAUUACGAUUCUUAUGCUGUUGUUUGGAGUUGUUCUGGAUUAGGACCAGUUCACGCAGAAAAUGCUUGGUUAUUAACUCGCGAGCGUUUACCAUCGGCUCAAGUACUCCAAAGAGCUUAUGGCGUCUUGGAUAAAUUCCGCAUAAAUAGAACUUUCUUUAUUAAAACGCAACAAGAAGGUUGCCCUCUCGCUGCUUCUGAUAUUAACGCCGCUCAAGGAAUAACUUCAAUAUCAACGCUCGUUGAGCAAACCGGCGAUGAGAAAAGGCAAAAUCCCAAGAAAAAAGAAACAGCACAACUUAUACAGGAAGAAGAAGAAGAAGAAGAAGUUGAUGAAGAUGCGGAUGAUGGAGAAGUAACUGCUUCCAUUGAGACGAGAAAAGAAAGCGUUAAAAAUGCUGUUAAAGAUAUCGUGGCUGGAGCUGCUGCAGAAAAUCUUGUUAAAACUGAAUAAAUUUAAAGUUGUUAUUAAAAAAUUGU